CUGCAGUGAAUUGCAUGUCAAAAUGGCGGCGCCCAUGUGAACAUGCUGGAGUAAGUUAGGCACAGGAGACUUGCUUAUUACAAUCCCAUAUACACACAGAGCAUGAAGCAGGGCGUCCUACCUGUAUAGUCACGCUUUUUUACAGGGUAUGCAAUGUCUUAAGGCUUGAUUGUUUCAGAUAAAAUGUACAUUAAGCAUUAGGAAUGAAGUGAGAAUUGUGUUUGGGUGUGAGCCAGGCUUAUUAGAUCCAACUAGUGUUCCUGACCACAUAUAACUAAUACAUGCCAUGAUAUAAAAGGAGCUGCAUUGCAGUGUGGCUAACUCAGGUGCUGCAGAUAGGAAAGCAAUUGGUAUUAAAAAGAGGAAUCCUGCAGCAUAUGGAAGCUUCACCAAAGGUUAAUGUUUUGUGUCCCCCCCCUGUGGGUUGUUAGAAGCAUAUAUACCAUGAUCUGUGUCCAGGAGAACAUGUGGUGAUUUAGAAACCCUCAUUAUCACCUUAACUGUUAUGAGAAUUUAAAAUUGCCCACGGUUAUGCAUGCAUAGAUUUGUUUGAAUCUAUUUCUUCUUUUGUAGGAGCCUUACGCCUGAUGCAAUCCACAAUUUGCAGAGUCAUCCCUCAACCUCGUGCUGUUAUCGUCUCUAGUUUAAUAAAGUACUCCACUGGAAGGAGGCACCUCACACAAAAAAUGGAGGAACCGUCAAUAUCGGAGGGGGCUGGAGAGACCGUUAUCAUUGAGGGGAAAGCCAAAGUGAUUUUCCCUAAUGCCAACCAAGUAUUUUAUAAUCCAGUGCAGGAAUUCAACAGAGAUCUGACGUAAGCAUUGUAUUAAAAUAUUAAUUCUAAUCAGUGCAGAUGUGCCAAAUAUGUAUGGAGAACCAAUCACCAGUGGGGUAAACAUUCAUACAAAGGGUGAAGUUGGUUUAGUCUAAAUGAAACUAUGUUCUGCAGAGCUUACACUUGAACAAACAGAUAAAAAUAUAGUGUAUAUAGAGAUCAGUUGUGCAGAGAAAAAAAGACUGCAAUAUACCAAUAAUGUAGUAACCAUAGAGACAGGGAUUACAAAUCAGAGCCCUAUUCUGUUAGCCAGAAGGUAAAUUACUACAAGCCAUGGAAUACCCACAAGUCUUGAGUUUCUCCUCACCACAGCAACAUUUUCACUCUUGAGUCCUGCAGAUCUUGUAUAUACAUGUAACAGACAAGAAGACCACACUUCAGUAAGUCACAUAACACACACAAUUGACUCAUUUGUGGAUCACCUGCACAUGUACUGGUGCUCGGAUAAGCACCAGUGCAAGUGAAUUUUACCCACAGUGCUUUCAAUCUAAUAUACAUUUCACGUAUAGCGAGGAACAUCAGUGCAGGGUGCUUUUUUUUUUUUUUGUAUUUUAUCACUGUUAGGUACUGUUUAUUUUCCUUCCUUGCAGCUGUGCUGUAAUCACAGAAUUUGCUCGGAUGCAGCUUCUACAGAAAGGCAUUGACAGUAAGUAAUGUCUGAUAACAGAUUAAUUUCAAUAUGGCAUAAAUAAUGUUUCAAAAAGAAAUAAGAAGAAUAUAUUAUAUAAAGUGGGAAACUGUUGAGAGAGUAUAUGGCAUCCAAACAAUAGACCAUAGAUGAUAAAAAGAGAGUGAGUAAUGCAGGAAAAAGGUUUGAGGACUAACCAGGUCUGCAAUCCUGUUUGUUGUGGAGUUUGCUGUCAAAGGCCAGUAUUGUUUUUUUUGUUUUGUUUUGUUUUACAUUUUUAUUCCGUAGCCCUUUAUCUUUUUAUAUUAAGCGUUUACAUACUAUUGACAUAGCUUUGGGACAUGUCUGGCCACACUGUCACAGAUUCUUUUCUCUCAUCUUUUUUCACAUUUAAAACUCUGUGCUUUUUGAUGUGCUGUGCAUUUCUGUUACUCAAAGUUGGACUUCAGGUAUAGAUAGAGGACUGAGUGCUCUUCCACUACAUCCCAUAAUUGCCAUUUCCACCUUUCUGUACUGACCCAGUUCCAUCUCCCUGCAGUUGUUGUGCCUGAUGAGAGAAAAGAACAGAAGGUGGUAGUGAAUUUAUCAGACACCGGAGAGGAAGAAUCAAAGUCCAACGUAGAGAAUAAUGAUAAGCCUGCAGCUCGACAAGAAGCACACGUGGGGGUCCCCUGCACUGUGAGUUUACUUUAAUAACAUGCUGUUUGUUAUGCUUUCAUUUUUACUGCAGGUGUAAGUAAAAUUUGCCUGCACUUCUUUAAGUAUGCCGACACCGACUCAAAUAUAUUGAACAAAUAAUUAGUCUCUACUGGUGAUAGGCAACUGCGACAGAUACUUCUGAUAUUUAAAGAGAGUUGACAUCACUAGAGAGGCUGUGGUAUACCUUGCAGGGAAGAACCCAAACAUACACUAACAUCUAAGCGCAGCAGCUCAAAACGACUUGUACUGAGGAGUUUCAACAGAUAUUUGUAAUGAGACUUCCCUCUACCCCUGGAUUGCUUGGUGAAACUUGUAUUGAAAAUGCUUUGAGACCACUUGAGAGGUACAAAGGCCGUGGAAUAGAAUAUUUAGACCCCAACAAGUUCGGUCUGCAGGAUUUGCCAGGCUAUGAGCACCUUUCAAUAAUGCUACUACAGACGAUUGUAGAGAGCCCACCUUUCAUUUCUUCCACUCCCUCUCCCCUUUUUUGUUCUCUCUCCACCUUGGUUUAUUUCACUGUGCUCUAUAAUGCAUUGAUUAGACCUAACUGGUCCUACACACAGCUUAAACUGGCUCUAAUUUCAGAAUUCUGUAUUUGCAAUUUAUGUAACAAACUGGUUUCCUACUAUUAAAUCUAACCCAAUGCAAGCUCAAUUAUAUGAUUCUGGAAAACUUGCAACAAAACUGUUGCUCACAAAUUUUAUUUUAAACUACCUACUUCCUCUCAGGCAAUGAAGCAAUGGUGACCUGCUCCCUCCAUCCUAGGUCACUGGACAAAGGACUUAGGGACUGUAACAUUGUAGUUCUUAUUUUGUAAAAGCAGAGGUGAUUUAAAAUGUCUCUGGGCAGAGCAUUGGAAGGAGUGAGGCAGCAGGCAGGAAUUGUACAGAGCCUUUUGUAGCACAGUUUUUUAAAAUUUUGCUUGGAGUGGUGACCAAAUAUCUCAAAGCUUUCUAGGGCUGUCAAGUGGGCUGGAGGUUGGAUUUCAGGUCAUUGUGUUUGGUGAAUAAGCCCUUAUGUGUUUCCAUUUUGCACUUAGAAACAUAGAAAUAUAGAAUGUGACGGCAGAUAAGAACCAUUCGGCCCAUCUAGUCUGCCCAAUUUUCUAAAUACUUUCAUUAGUGCCUAGCCUUAUCUUAUAGUUAGGAUAGCCUUAUGCAUAUCCCACGCAUGCUUAAACUCCUUUACUGUGUUAACCUCUACCACUUCAGCUGGAAGGCUAUUCCAUGCAUCCACUACCCUCUCAGUAAAGUAAUACUUCCUGAUAUUAUUUUUAAACCUUUGCCCCCUCUAAUUUAAGACUAUGUCCUCUUGUUGUGGUAGUUUUUCUUCUUUUAAAUAUAGUCUCCUCCUUUACUGUGUUGAUUCCUUUAUAUAUUUAAAUGUUUCUAUCAUAUCCCCCCUGUCUCGUCUUUCCUCCAAGCUAUACAUGUUAAGAUCCUUUAACCUUUCCUGGUAAGUUUUAUCCCGCAAUCCAUGAACCAGUUUAGUAGCCCUUCUCUGAACCCUCUCUAAGGUAUCAAUAUCCUUCUGAAGAUACGGUCUCCAGUACUGAGUACAAUACUCCAAGUGAGGUCUCACCAGUGUUCUGUACAUGAUCACUUCCCUCUUUCUACUGCUAAUACCUCUCCCUAUACAACCAAGCAUUCUGCUAGCAUUUCCUGCUGCUCUAUUACAUUGUCUGCCUACCUUUAAGUCAUCAGAAAUAAUUACCCCUAAAUCCCUUUCCUCAAUUGUUGAGGUUAGGACUCUAUCAAAUAUUCUGUACUCUGACCUUGGGUUUUUACGUCCAAGAUGCAUUAUCUUGCACUUAUGCACAUUAAAUCUCAGUUGCCACAAUUCUGACCGUUUUUCUAGUUUACCUAAAUCAUUUGCCAUUUGGCUUAUCCCUCCUGGAACAUCAACCCUGUUACAUAUCUUAGUAUCAUCAGCAAAAAGACAUACCUUACCAUCAAGACCUUCUGCAAUAUCACUAAUAAAAAUAUUAAAGAGAAUGGGUCCAAGUACAGAUCCCUGAGGUACCCCACUGUUGACAAGUCCAAGCUUCAAUAUAUUCCAUUAACUACAACCCUCUGUUGCCUGUCACUCAGCCACUGCCUUACCCAUUCAACAAUAUUGGAAUCCAAACUUAAAGAUUGCAGUUUAUUGAUAAGCCUUCUAUGUGGAACAGUGUCGAAAGCCUUACUUGGUUUAUCUCUACCAUUGUUGUUACAUUUUCUGUUUUAUUUCAUUCUUCUAUGUUAGCUAACAUGUUUCCAUUCAUGGAUUCCCUCUCUCAGGAUGGUUUGCGAGUAUUGGAGGGUCUGGCUGCAUCUGGUUUGCGUUCUGUUCGCUUUGCCCGUGAAGUUCCUGGUCUGCAAAGCGUCAUCGCCAAUGAUUUCUCCGCCAGCGCCGUGGAGCUAAUCAAAAGAAACAUCCAAUUUAAUGGGGUUGGGGACCUGGUGACGGCCAGCUUCAGUGAUGCCAGGUGAGACCCACAAAUUGUCACGUAGGAUUAAUUCCAUGAUGGUGGCUUGGACACACAUGAAAUAAUUGCAAAUCAACGUAUACAGUGUAUUCAGAAAGUCUUACAUAAAGGACCACUAUAGUGCCAGGAAAACAUACUCGUUUUCCUGGCACUAUAGUGCCCUGAGGGUGCCCCCACCCUCAGGGACCCCCUCCCGCCCGGCUCUGGAAAGGGGUAAAAACUUACCUUUUUCCAGCGCUGGGCGGAGAGCUCUCCUCCUUCGAUCCUCCUCCUCGUCGGCUGAAUGCGCGCGCAUUCAGCCGGUCACAUAGGAAACCAUUCAUAAUGCUUUCCUAUGGACGCUUGCGUCUUCUCACUGUGAUUUUCAAAGUGAGAAGCACGCAAGCGCCUCUAGCGGCUGUCAAUGAGACAGCCGCUAGAGGAAAUAGGGGAAAGCUUAACCCAUUCAUAAACAUAGCAGUUUCUCUGAAACUGCUAUGUUUAUGAAAAAAUGGGUUAACCCUAGCUGGACCAGGCACCCAGACCACUUCAUUAAGCUGAAGUGGUCUGGGUGCCUAGAGUGGUCCUUUAAGGGGACAGUACAACCAUCAACACCACUACAUCUUAGCCAAACUGGGAACAUUGCUGUUUUGGGGCGUUUUUCCAGUCUGAAAUUCACUUUAAUUUCCUGAUAAUUUUUACUUUAGUAAAUACAGCCUAGCAGGGUUUAGAUCUAGAACAUUUGUUCCAUUGUGUUUGCCGUCUCCAUGACUAGCGUGUCAUUGUUCCCAUGUUACCAGAGAGCUGAUGUGCAGCAAAAAGGAUUCUCGUAACCGGUUUGAUGUCAUAGAUCUGGAUCCCUAUGGGAGCCCCUCGAUGUUCAUUGAUGCUGCUGUGCAGAGUGUGAGCGAAGGAGGUAAGGAUACCGAGCUGUUAUUUGGUGUAACUGCUGUCUGCCUGUGUCUGUCUCUUCUCACAGGUAAAGGUAAAACUCCAAAAACAGAACAGCGCACUGUAGUGGUUGUGGUGUAGGUCUGAUAUAUGUAGUCAAAUUGGUUAAUUACAUUUAGAUGUGUUUUCCUGGGAUCCAUUGUGCGCUCCUUGCCCUUUCUAGGCCAUCAGGUAAGCAAGAAGCUUAGGAACUUCUUUUACUCUCCUAAGCUAAACCUGCAGUGCACGGCUAGCUCUGGCUGAGACCACCAGCUGAUCACUCCCAGCGAAUGAGGUAAGACCUGUACUGCGAGGUUUAACCAAAAGCUGAGAGCUUCCAGGUAAACAGUAACAUUGUUACUAAGAGAUUUGAUUGCUUUGGGUGGGAAGAGUGGACAGGGGCAAGGGCACUAUAAUCAAUACAUUGCACUGCAGUUGUUAUGGUGCUUGGAUUGUUCCUUUAACUCUUAUCUUCCUGUGCAGAUAUUUUCUUAUAUUUCUUGUGCUGUGUUUAACUUCUUUUGGCAUAAUGGGGUAUAACAAUAGAAUGCAUUUAACCCUUUCCAGGACUGCUCUGCGUUACAUGUACAGAUAUGGCGGUCAUGGCUGGGAACAGUGGAGAGACUUGUUACAGUAAAUAUGGAGCCAUGUCCCUGAAGGCCAGAUUUUGUCAUGAGAUGGUGAGAUGUCCUUAACUUAACACUCUGUAUUAAUUAUCAUUUAGUAACAGCAUGUAUUCAGUCUGGGGGGGAAAGGGAGCCAAGCCUCUGUGUUUGAGCACACCUUUUUAUGGACUCAUGGGCAAAGCCCCCUCGUCGAACUGUACUAAGGCUCCAAAAGGACCAAGCAACAGAUUUUACAGCUAUAAGUGAGUGCCAAAUCUGGAAUAUCACCCUAUAGCUUUCAGGAAGCAAACAGACUGCAAAUGUCUUUCUAUAUCACACAAAGGUUUGUCUUCACCUUUCCCCCUGCUGUGGAAUAUAUAUAUAUAAAUAAAAAAAAUUUUUUUUACUUUUUAUUGUGAAUGUUAAAUAUAGCAUAGGUUUUCCAGCACAAUCUCAGCAACAGGAAAUUUGCCAUGUAAUAGAUACAGUAUCAAGAGUGUACAUGAAGCAUUGACAAUUUAGCAUUUAACAAUAAAACAUAACUAAAAUUUGUCAGAUAAAAUAUAUCUAUGGAGACUUUUCAGACCGUUUAGGUGUAGCGAGGGUCGUCAGGAUCUCAAAAAUAAAAGUUACCGUCGUUAGCGAAAACCUCUACAUCCAACCUUGGUCACCCGGUGAAGUAUUAUAUAAAAAUAUCAAUAAGGAGAAGGAUAUCUCCAUUGCAUACCUUUGAAAUAUCAUGUCCAGGUCUCGUGCCGUCCAAAGGGUAAGCUACAAUUCCUUGUGCUGGGAACUGCGUUGGGCACUUAGUAUUCAGAUUUUGGACAGACCCAGCUUAACUCCAUUACAAAAUCAGUAAAGGGUCAAAUCUAUUUACAUUGAAAUUUGCCAGCUUGGUUAUGUUACCUUUUGAGAGCGUAUGGUAGCCCAGGAACAAGCAUUACCCCCAUGAUGGCAUACCAUUUGCAAAAGAAGACAAACCAAGGUACUGCAAAUGGGGUAUGUUCAGUCUUUUUUAGUAGCCACUUAGUCACAAACACUGGCCAAAGUUAGCGUUCAUAAUUGUUUUUUGCAAUUUUCACACACAAACCAAUAUAAAUGCUAACUUUGGCCAGUGUUUGUGACUAAGUGGCUACAAAAAAAAACAAAAAACUGGACAUACCACAUAUUGAAUACCCUGGGUUGUCUACUUUAAAAGAAUAUGCACAUGUGAGGUGUGUUUCAGAGAUUUAUGACAGAUAAGUGUUACAAUGUCACUAUUGAUACAUUUAAAAAAAAAAAAAAUAAUAAAAAGAAAAUAUAUAAUUUUUUUUUUUUUUGAAACCGCAAUGUCCUACAUGUACUUAUAGCCCUAUAACUUGCAAAAAAAAAAGCUAAGAACAUGUUAACAUUGGGUAUUUCUAAACUCAGGACAAAAUUUAGAAACUAUUUAGCGUGGGUGUUGUUGGCGGUUGUAGAUGCAUAACAGAUUUUGGGGGUCAAAGUUAGAAAAAGUGUUUUUUUUUUUAAAUUUGUUUUUAUAGUAAAUUAUAGGAUAUGAUGAAAAUAGUGGUAUCUUUAGAAAGACCAUUUAACGUCGAGAAAAGGGGUAUAUAAUAUGUGUGGGUACAGUAAAUGAGUAAGAGGAAAAUUACAGCUAAACACAAACACUGCAAACAAUUUAAAAACAGCCCUGGUCCCUAACAGUAAGGAAAAAAAAAAAAAAAACGGUCUGGUCACUAAAGGGAUAAUGGUAAGGGCAUAAUUUUGGUGUUCGUUAAGUGUUGCGUAACCUCCCUCCAGAAGCCCUGUAUCAGGGGGCGCUCACACAGAUCGUGAUACAGGUCCGCGUUGGGUGGACCUUAUUUUUAAUGAUACUCCGUCAGAAAUAAGCUGGGCAUAGCUAACGUUCAAUCUCUUCCAUAUGUUAUUUUUAGCAUCCUGAGUGCAUUUGACUGUUUUGUUUUAUGCUACAAUAUACAGUCUUUAACCUGACAUUUUAGCGUGCAAUCUCCUUUUGUUUCUGUCUCACUGUGACAGCUUGGCUUUCUGUAUAAUUUCCCGUAUCUUGUAGGCCCUCCGCAUCCUGUUGCACAGUUUGGACCUGCGUGCCAACUGUUACCAGCGAUACAUUGUCCCACUGCUCUGCAUAUCUGCCGAUUUCUACAUCCGCGUCUUUGUGCGCGUCUUUACCGGACAAGCCAAAGUCAAAAUGUCCGCCAGGUGAGUAUUUGGGGUAUUUUAACUUUAAAAGCGUUACAUGGUCCAUGUGGAUCCUUAUCUAUAUUCUUGCCUCAAAAAUGAUGUGUAAAGUAGAAAUCCAUUGCUAAGGGAACUCCCAUAAAUGUGGACAAACAAAAUAUAUAAACGCAGGUACUGUGCUCAUUUCCAUAUUAUUCAUGGCAAUGUGGGAAUACUGUGGAACAUAAUCACUCAGAAGUGUUGAACAGUUUUUUUUUUUGUCACCUGUCACGGCUUAGAACGUUUAGUGUUAACCAUUAACAAAUGUAUACACUAUAGAACAGAACAAGAUUAAUGAUGUCUAUAGAUCGUGGGGUGUUAGAAUCUUCUCCCAUCCCACCCAAAUUUGACCCUGCUCCCUGAAUUAGUGCAUUCUGGCAAUUUAUUCCCAUGUACUCAACCUUUCACCUAAUCUUGUUCAACACCAUAAACAAGUAGGUACUUGGUAAUCAACAACCACUUUGAAGCAGCCUGACUUCUCCGCCUGAUGGUGUUACUGAAUGACCACCAAAGGGAGGUGAACAGCCCCAGCUGCCCCUUUGGACCAGAGCAGGGAUUUUGUUCAUCCUUUGGAACUGGUCUCUGCAUUUAUUAAUCAUUAUUAAAGGCUGACAUAUUUCCUUAUGAAUGUAUUUCUGAUGUAGUUUGGUUCUAUGUUGGCAUCUGUAUAUUUUAGCCAAGGCUGCCUUUAUACCUUUCUAAUUGCAUGUUAAUAUUGCUUAUUCAUUUAUUAAUAUUUUAAAAAAAAAUUACAUAUCAGUUUUCCCACCCAAUUAAUUGCUAUGUGCAGAAAUGUUGGUAAGAGUUUGUUCCGUGCAAAGAUUUACUCCCCUAUUAGAAAAUGAAACUGUAUUAGUAGAAUUUCAUACCUGUAGAGUUAGUCUCACAUCUCCCUUCCUUUCACCACAGUAAGCAAGCCCUGGUGUACAAUUGUGUGGGCUGUGGCACGUAUCACCUGCAGCGAAUGGGCAGAGCAAUCAGCCAUGGGAACAAGUAAGUUUGGGCUUUGAUUCUGAUGAUGUCAGUUCUGAGUAAAUUAAUUGUAUCAUUAAAUGAUUCAGCUUAAAUAAGCAGAAACAUUGAGAGGGAUCUACAACCAUAAACCCAUUUCCUAGUUCACACUAAAAUCUGUUUAACACUGCUAGCAGUACUGUUUAAUCAAUCCAGCUUAAAGUCCUGAUUAACAUAAAGCUACAAACUGCUUCUCCUCGUAUAGAAUAGCCUUUUGGAGAUAUGACACCUGAAGUAACUGUUCAAUAUUUUGUAUGCCUACAUAUAAAAAUUUUGCAAAAGCUGCAGUUUGCAGCCUUUGCCAGCCCUCCCCUUCUAACCCCGCCCAAACUUUCUCUGGCUGUCCAAUCACAGACUUCCCAAUGCAGCUCAAUGAGAAGUCUUUGCAAAGCAGGUGCUCUGGGCAUUUGCUGCCUCUUGAAUUUAUCUCCACUGAGCUAACCGAACGAGGAAGUAACAGGACCGGUUGUCUGAUAGCCAGUGGGUGUUUUAACAAUUUUUUAUUUUUUUUUAAUAAAAGUGGCAAUUUCUAUUUGAAAUCUGCACAUUUUGUAAAAUGAAGACAAAAGAAAAGAUAUACACACACAGUGUUUCAGCAAGCUGAAAUGCUUUAGGGAACCUGGAGAGUCCUUUUAAAACUGCUCCUUAAAACUAACGUUGUAUUCCUUUAAACAGGUUUACUGUGAAUCUAACACAUCAGAUCUGUCACUGGCACCUAAUUUUGACUUCUUAUUAGGCAUUCAUUUUCAGGCAUCAGAUACUCGCAUAGAUGUCGGAUUCUUUGGAAGGCACUUUGUAUCGCACAAUAGAGACUUUGGAGGAGUUAAAUAGUGUGAAUCUCAUUAAAGGACCACUAUAGUGCCAGGAAAACAUACUCGUUUUCCUGGCACUAUAGUGCCCUGAGGGUGCCCCCACCCUCAGGGUCUCCCUCCCGCUGGGCUCUAGGGGGUUGAAGGGGUUAAACUUAUCUCUUUCUCCAGUGCCAUGCGGGGGACUCUCCUCCUCCUCAAAGAGCCGCACGCGCAUUCAGCCAGUCUCAUAGGAAAGCGUUCACAAUGCUUUCCUAUGGACGCUGGCGUCUUCUCACUGUGAUUUUUCACAGUGAGAAGCACGCAAGCACCUCUAGCGGCUGUCAACGAGACAGCCACAAGAGGCUGGAUUAACCCUAAUAAAAACAUAGCAGUUUCUCUGAAACUGCUAUGUUUAUAGAAAAAAAGGGUUAAACUUAGCUGGACCAGGCACCCAGACCACUUCAUUAAGCUGAAGUGGUCUGGGUGCCUAUAGUGGUCCUUUAAUAAUAAUCAAUACUUACCUGUAUUAAUCUGCUUUUUACUGCACACCUGCAUUGCCACAUCCUCACCCUAAUAUUCAUUCUAUCCCAUGAACAGUAUGAAGUAUUCUCCUGGAACUGGGCCUCCUGUGGGAAUGAGCUGUGAAUUCUGCAGUCAGAGGCAUCAGGUAUGCCUUCGUUCUAUAAACGUUCUGUGCUCAGAUCGUUCUUCGUAUAUCUAGAAUUUAGUAUUCAGUAAAUCCUGAUCUGCCUUUCAGGUUGGUGGGCCCCUCUGGGCUGAGUCACUUCAUGAUACAGAGUUUGUGCAAAAAAUUAUAUCUGCCGUGGAUCGAAAUCCAAAACGAUUCAAAACAUCCGAGAGAAUAUUAGGAAUGUUAAGCAUGGCGAUAGAGGUGAGUGUGCUAUGGGAUGUGGGGUGUCAGAAGUUGUGUAUGUUCUUUAUACCAGUGUCCCUCAACCUUUUACAGAGAAGUUCCCCUCCCCUGUAAGUCUAAAAAUAAUUCUGAAAUAUCCCUGCCUCCAGAAAGUAAUUUCUAUUGAUUUAAAUCCUAAAUUUAUUGUGUAGGCACAGAUGUUUAAGUUAAUCCUAUACAGAAAAACAGGCCUUAUUAAGGUAAUAUAGAAUAUUUUACAAAUAAAUACAACAUAAUGUGAAUGUGUGGAAGAGUGUAUGAACUAUUAAUCUGAAGUCUAAAAGUCACAAAAUGAAAAUAUAGUACAAUCAUAAUAGUUACACACGCACAGGACACUAGCAUAAGAGGGCUACACUGUCUCCUGGAGGAAGAGGCACUCAGAAGGCCUGGUUGACACAAUGAGGUGCAUAGAAGUUCUGGGGGGAUCAUAGAGACCCACAACAGAACCUGGUGGAGAUGACAGAGUCCCACAGAGGGGUUAUGGGACAUGGAGUCUGUCACUCCCAUCCCAGGGAUACACAGACCGUAGGGAGCUAUGGGACAUAGAGCCUGUCCCUCCCAGCACAGGGUGACACAGACAGGAGGGAGCUAUGGGACAUGGAGUCUGUCCCUCCCAGCACAGGGUGACACAGACAGGAGGGAGCUAUGGGACAUGGAGUCUGUCCUUCCCAGCACAGGGUGGCACAGACAGGAGGGAGCUAUGGGACAUGGAGUAUGUCCCUCCCAGCACAGGGUGACACAGACAGGAGGGAGCCAUGUGACAUGGAGUAUGUCCCUCCCAGCACAGGGUGACAUAGACAGGAGGGAGCUAUGGGACGUGGAGUCUGUCCAUCCCAGCACAGGGUGGCUGUUAUCUUGUAUGUUUUUCAUGUUCCCAACCUAACACAUGUCUUACGCCUUUUUAUUUGUUUAUUUUCUACUUUACUCUCAGGAGCUAAGUGAUGUCCCAUUAUAUUACACACUGGACAAUUUGAGUAGUGUCGUUCGUUGUAGCACCCCUUCACUCCUGCAGUUCCGGUGAGUGCAAAUCUCUGCCCACUACACCCUUUCUUUGUAGCCGAAUAAUUCAGUGUAUGAUACAAACCGGAAGCACAAAUGUAUGUAAAAUACUGUGUGUGUGUGUGUGUGUGACAAAAUAACUUUCAUAAUAUGUCAAUAACAGGCUCUUCUUUUAUCAGUUCUGCGUUGCUUCACGCUGGAUACAGAGUGUCCCUGUCACAUGCUUGUAAGAGUGCUAUAAAAACAGAUGCCCCCCCUGCGCUGAUCUGGGAUAUAAUGAGAUGCUGGGUGAGUUCUGGUAAAUGGGAAUUUUACAAGUUAUGAUGGGGAGGGGGUUAUAAAGAUCUGUUUAAUAUGGUGGAGUAACAUUAAUACAGCGGGGACAAGUUGAUGUAGGGGAAGGAAACAAUACGUAGCUAACUUCUCCUGCCUACUACUAUGCUUGGUUAAAUUCCAUAUUCCGCUCCCGGCUGAGGAAGCUGCCAGCACUUACAUGGUUAACUGUUGCGUAUGCAUAAAAGCACAGAAAGGCUGUGGAUUGAAGAUCCUGUGAGAUUGCAGCAACCUCCAUGGAUUGUGUGAGCAUACACAAAGAGACGCUUGUUCCAAACAGCCUUCUAAAAUGACAGCUGAUAGGAAAUGGCAAGAUGUGGCUGUGGGAGAUCUUUUAAGCUCGGUAUUUUGCAGAAACAAGCAGCCUCUACAUAAAAGACAUUAAACGUUGCUUCAUCUUAGAUCUCUGGAGUGCAUUGCGACUUCAAUGAAAUUCCAGCACAGUCUGUGAAGUUCCUAUCUUUAUGCCUAUGGUUUUAUCACUGUGAGCUGAGCAGAGAGGGUUUCAUGUAAUUAUAUUCUCCCCCCUCAUUUCCCUUCUACCACCCCUCUGUUUUAACCAUUUAUGGCCUUGUCUCUUUAUUGAAAUGUAUUUCUGGUUACAUGUCAUUUCAAUAAACAAUGUAAUUUUAAAUCCCAACAGGAAAAGCAGAAUCCUGCAAAGAGGGAAAAAUUGUCAGCGACCUGUCCAGCAUUCCACAUCCUAAGCAAAGAGCCCAGGUUAAUAUAUACAGCGCAGUAAUAUCUGUAUUUAUAUAGCUCCUUUCUAUUACAUUAUACACAGCGCGGCCCCCUCUGGGGUGGGAUACUAGUAAUAUCUGUAUUUAUAUAGCUCCUUUCUAUUACAUUAUACACAGCGCAGCCCCCUCUGGGGUGGAAUCCUAGUAAUAUCUGUAUUUAUACAGCUCCUUUCUAUUACAUUAUACACAGCGCAGCCCCCUCUGGGGUGGGAUCCUAGUAAUAUCUGUAUUUAUACAGCUCCUUUCUAUUACAUUAUACACAGCUCAGCCCCCUCUGGGGCGAGAUCCUAGUAAUAUCUGUAUUUAUACAGCACCUUUCUAUUACAUUAUACACAGCACAGUCCCCUCUGGGUUGGGAUCCUAGUAAUAUCUGUAUUUAUACAGCUCCUUUCUAUUCCAUUAUACACAGCACGGCCCCCUCUGGGGCGAGAUCCUAGUAAUAUCUGUAUUUAUACAGCUCCUUUCUAUUACAUUAUACACAGCGCAGCCCCCUCUGGGGUGGGAUCCUAGUAAUAUCUGUAUUCAUACAGUUCCUUUCUAUUACAUUGUACACAGCGCAGCCCCCUCUGGGGUGGGAUCCUAGUAAUAUCUGUAUUUAUACAGCUCCUUUCUAUUACAUUAUACACAGCGCAGCCCCCUCUGGGGUGGGAUCCUAGUAAUAUCUGUAUUUAUACAGCUCCUUUCUAUUACAUUAUACACAAUGCGGCCCCCUCUGGGGUGGGAUCCUAGUAAUAUCUGUAUUUAUACAGCUCCUUUCUAUUACAUUAUACACAGCGCAGCCCCCUCUGGGGUGGGAUCCUAGUAAUAUCUGUAUUUAUACAGCUCCUUUCUAUUACAUUAUACACAGCUCAGCCCCCUCUGGGGCGAGAUCCUAGUAAUAUCUGUAUUUAUACAGCACCUUUCUAUUACAUUAUACACAGCACAGCCCCCUCUGGGUUGGGAUCCUAGUAAUAUCUGUAUUUAUACAGCUCCUUUCUAUUCCAUUAUACACAGCACGGCCCCCUCUGGGGCGAGAUCCUAGUAAUAUCUGUAUUUAUACAGCUCCUUUCUAUUACAUGAUACACAGUGCAGCCCCCUCUGGGUUGGGAUCCUAGUAAUAUCUGUAUUUAUACAGCUCCUUUCUAUUACAUUAUACACAGCGCAGCCCCCACUGGGGUGGGAUCCUAGUAAUAUCUGUAUUUAUACAGCUCCUUUCUAUUACAUUAUACACAGCGCAGCCCCCUCUGGGGUGGGAUCCUGGUAAUAUCUGUAUUUAUACAGCUCCUUUCUAUUACAUUAUACACAGCGCAGCCCCCUCUGGGGUGGGAUCCUGGUAAUAUCUGUAUUUAUACAGCUCCUUUCUAUUACAUUAUACACAGCGUAGCCCCCUCUGGGGUGGGAUCCUGGUAAUAUCUGUAUUUAUACAGCUCCUUUCUAUUACAUUAUACACAGUGCGGCCCCUUCUGGGGUGGGAUCCUGGUAAUAUCUGUAUUUAUACAGCUCCUUUCUAUUACAUUAUACACAGCGCAGCCCCCUCUGGGAUGGGAUCGCAGUAAUAUCUGUAUUUAUACAGCUCCUUUCUAUUACAUUAUACACAGCGCGGCCCCCUCUGGGGUGGGAUCCUAGUAAUAUCUGUAUUUAUACAGCUCCUUUCUAUUACAUUAUACACAGCGCAGCCCCCUCUGGGUUGGGAUCCUAGUAAUAUCUGUAUUCAUACAGCUCCUUUCUAUUACAUUAUACACAGCUCAGCCCCCUCUGGGGUGGGAUCCUAGUAAUAUCUGUAUUUAUACAGCUCCUUUCUAUUACAUUAUACACAGCGUAGCCCCCUCUGGGGUGGGAUCCUAGUAAUAUCUGUAUUUAUACAGCUCCUUUCUAUUACAUUAUACACAGCGCGGCCCCCUCUGGGGUGGGAUCCUAGUAAUAUCUGUAUUUAUAAAGCUCCUUUCUAUUACAUUAUACACAGUGCAGCCCCCUCUGGGGUGGGAUCCUAGUAAUAUCUGUAUUUAUACAGCUCCUUCCUAUUACAUUAUACACAGUGCGGCCCCUUAUGGGACGGGAUCCUAGUAAUAUCUGUAUUUAUACAGCUCCUUUCUAUUACAUUAUACACAGCUCAGCCCCCUCUGGGGCGAGAUCCUAGUAAUAUCUGUAUUUAUACAGCACCUUUCUAUUACAUUAUACACAGCACAGCCCCCUCUGGGUUGGGAUCCUAGUAAUAUCUGUAUUUAUACAGCUCCUUUCUAUUCCAUUAUACACAGCGCGGCCCCCUCUGGGGCGAGAUCCUAGUAAUAUCUGUAUUUAUACAGCUCCUUUCUAUUACAUUAUACACAGCGCAGCCCCUUCUGGGGUGGGAUCCUAGUAAUAUCUGUAUCUAUACAGCUCCUUUCUAUUACAUUAUACACAGCGCAGCCCCUUCUGGGGUGGGAUCCUAGUAAUGUUUCACUCAUUGGUUACAGCAUCGAGGCCUGUUUUACUGUUCGAGAGGAUGCAAAUCCCAAAUCACGGAAAAUGGGUUUAAAACGGUUUCAGGAAAAUCCAGAAGCCAACUGGGGUCCCAAAGCAAGAGCUAAAGCAGGGUAAAAGUUAUUUUAAUUAUAUGUAUAAUUAUAUGGAACAGGGUUUACAUGUGUAACAUUACAAAUGGUCGUCUUAUCUCAAACCAAUUUAUAACUAGUACAUUUUUGGGUAACUGGUUCAAUGAUUAGAUGAAGCACAUUUCCAUUUCUAUUUGUAAAUUAUAUGUGUAUGAAACCCAGUCUAAUUGCCAGCUUUUAAACAAACCUUUAUUGAUAAGUAGUGGCAACAAUGAUGGCGUGUAUUACAGAAGGUACAACACCGUGAACGCUUUGCUUUGGUUUGGUUUUACGGUUACACACCAACGUUACCGCCUAGGGAACCCCAAACUGAAAGGAUUGUCAGUAAUUCCAAAUGAGUUUUAAAGCUCAAAUCACAGAUUUAUUCAUGGCAGCUGUUUUUUUUAGUUUGACUUAACAUUUGUUCACUUUCAAUUCCCAACAAUUACUUGCUUACCCACUAUCCUAAAUGGGCCUUAAAAUAUUGUCCAACCCCUCCCUUACAAUAGCAGAAUAACAAGGAAAUGUAUGGGUUAUGAGAACAGUCCGUUGAAUCGUUUAAAAAAAAAAAUAUAUAUAUAUAUUUUAUUCAAUAUAAUCCCAAAGAAAACAUGCAUGUAUUAUUUAUUAUUGGAGCCGAGUGCUCGAGAUUGAGGCUUUCCUGUGCUUCUCAAUUAUCUGUAAUACAGCUCACUGAGAAGGGGGCACUUCGCACUCCUGUUAGCUUUGUAUAGAUAAUGGAAUAAAGCCUCUCCGGUUCUCUCUGUCAUUGCCUGGAGGGUGUUUGACGAUUUUUAUUGAAACUGACACUUUUUAUAGAGUGUCACAAGUAUGACAGACCCGAGACACAAAACAAUUUACAGCGGUAGUACAAUAUGUGUGUGAAGUGUUCCUUUAAAAAGUAAUUUAAUUUCUCGCUAGCCAGCUAUUUUUGACACAAAUGUGCACUAAACUAUGUCUAUUUUAUAGCCAGAUUACAUUACCCAGUAAUGAAGCAGAUAUUCACUGUAAACAGGCUUUAUCUAUUUAAUUUAUGGGAAGCCACUUGCUUUUUUAAAGGGACACUCCAGACUUCUAAAGUACUUUAGCUUGCUGAAAUGCUUGUGUGAAGUAUUUUUAUUUUUUAUAAAAAGUGCAUAUAUCAGUAGAAAGACACUUUUAUGAAUUAACCUGGUUACACCCCCCCCCCCGGCUCUCAAUUACAUAACAGAUCCUCUUACUUCCUGGUUUGGUUAGCUCAGAGGAGCUAAACUCAAGAGGCAGCAACUGCCCAGAGCACCUGCCUGCCAAAGACUUCACAUUGAGCUGCAUUGGGAAGUCUGUGAUUGGACAGCAAGAGACAGUCUGGGUGGGGUUAGAAGAGGAGGGCUUGCAAAGGCUGCAGACACGAGAGCUGCAGCUCACUGCAAGCUCAUUUUUAGAUAUAACCACAAAAAAAAAAAACCCCACAAUUAAAUGCAUGUUUUCAUUGGGGGUAUAUCUACUAAACUGUGAUUCCCUUCCCCGUGUUAGUAUUUGGACAGUGGUGUGUCCCUUUAGGUGAUUAAUUUUUUUUUUAUUGCUGCUCACAGAGGCCAGAUUUCCUCCUCUCUUGAGGAAAAGCGAAAACAGCAUCAGAACAAGAGAAAGAUCAGUCCCGGGACACCUGAUGGCCAUCUUAAAAACUUCCCCUGCAAGAGAUUUAGACAGGUGAGUCUGACUGUAAAGCCAGUCUGAUUGUAAUGGGAUACAAACCUCUGAUUACAUUGCUGUAAAGUCACCUAGCCCCAAGCUGGUUGUUCUUCCUUGGGUUCUGACUGUCUUCAAUAUUGGGAAUCUGGUAGUUGUGUAACCACUGCAUUCAGUUCACAAAUGUUCUAGUUUAUUAGAAAUCUCCUUGUCUUUUGUAGGGUUGCUGUGAUUUAGGAGAAAGCUGCCGAUAUUCUCACACUGAAUCUGAAGAGACGCCAGAAGCCCAAGAAAAUUCCCAUUUGGUUCUGGACUCGGCCUCAUCAUAGACUCUUUCAAAGUGUCAUCUGAACUAAUGAUGACAAACAUGACCUUAUAGGACUGUACAAUACAAAGCACCAAGUGGCUGCAGAUUUAUUAUUAUUUUUUUUUUAAAUCCUAGAUCCACAUUUGUAAAAAAUACAUUUUCCCCCUUUAAUGUACAGACUGUGACAGGCAAGGCUUGCUUGUUAUAGAACUGAUUAAAGAGAUUUAUUUGCUCUUAAACACUCCAGUUGUAACAACGGGUGUUUAUUUAAAUGGAAAGUAUCAGAACAGAAGCAUUUGAUGUAAUUUUUAUUUAUAUAUAGAUAAAAAAAAAGUGAAUAAACAUUUUGCAUUGAAAAGGAAUAUAAUACAUAUAUAUUAUAUUCCUUUUUAAUGCAAAAUGCUUAUUCACUUUUCUGGUAAGGAGUUGUAAAAAUGGUCCAGAUCAGGUAUUUUGAAAUCCCCUUGUUAACUGAAUCAUAUUCCUGGUUCAGGGAAUAACUGGUAGAUAAUACUUCAAUGUCACGGUAGCAUGUUUAACUUUGUAUUUUAUGAACUGCUUAUGGCAAGAUGGCAGUUUAAUUUCAUAUCAGAAAGGUUGAGUGGGGGUAUGGGGUAUUGUGGAUGGCACACUGAUUUAAGGCACAAUUGAAAGAGUUGAGCUACACUACAUGUGGAGGGUACAGGGGCUCCUCAGGACAAUGGUUCCUAUCUUUUAACUGUCCGUUACCGGCUUUCCCACUCUUGAGAUGUGUAGUGGAUAGUGGCCAGAAAAGUACGGAUCUCCAUAGGAUUCAGAGUCACGUUAGAAGGAUCCAGGGCAGAAUGGGCAAUAUCUGCCAGCGAUGGGGAGCCUAGAGGAUGACAAAAAUCACUUGUUAUAUGUACUAAACACAAACAGCCUG